UUAUUUCUCCAAUUUUGUAAAACGGUGGCCAUGAAUGGACGUUUUUUUAGAGACCGACAAAGCCGCUUUCAAUCCGAACAACUUGUGAAGUGUCUAUUUUCAAGAAAAGCCUUGCAAAAAGAAAAAUUUCUUUCCAAGGUAUCGCAAAUCAAGUUUAUUACCUCAGCCAAAGUGGCAGAUGAACUAGCCUUAAUUCACGAGCAGUACCAGUGUCCACAAAACAGCUAUCCACCUUUCAUCGCAUUCUGUGAUGCUGUUCCGUGGAAUCGCAGACUCAUAUCAUGGACUACUGUUUCACUUCUUCCAGACUGGGCCCAACCAAUCGAUGUCACAAAGUUUAACAACCUUGGUAUUGCUUAUUCUGGACCUGAUUAUAUCAAAGUACUCAAUCAUCUGCAAAACAUAGUCAACUCACCUUGCCUCGAAUCAGUUGAUGGUGAACGUUUAAAGAAAAUCACGAAACUGAUUUACAAGUUCCUGUCUGGUACUAUGGAAUGCUGCGGUCAUAACCCAGAUGACAGAUGCACUGAAGUUUGUUUAGAUAUUGGUCGUCGCCUGAAAGGUAAUUCCUGCAUAUUUUUGCAGGAAGGUAAAACGUUCGUGAAAGCAGAACAGCUGGUGUUCAGGAUUUCUGAAUCAUACCCUUUGCAGCCAUUUCUUUACCCCGUACCAAUUGAAUUUGGAGAAUUACAGCACUUUCUUAAACGGCUCGGUGCAACUGUGAAACCAACACCGCUGCAGGUUGCACACGUUUUGACAUCCAUUCGCGAACAGAUCGGAGAAGGAACGCUCUCUUCUGACCUAGACAAUAAAGUGCGGUUUGCGAUGCGUCUUAUUUUUAAUUUACUAGAAAAAGGCAAAAAUGUUGAUGGCAUCGAUGUCUUGUAUUUGCCAAAUGAAAGUCAACAACUUUUAAAGUCCUCUGAAAUGAUUUACGAAGUUUCGCCACGUUACACGGAUAUCAGAAAUAGCCUUCAAUCUCAGAUUCUGUUGCGAUUCACAGAGUGUGGCCUUAAAAAGCCCCCUGAUUGCUAUAUUAAUGCACUUCCAGAGCAUUUGACUCCCGUGAAGUUCACUGAUAUAAUCCAGGAAAGAAUCGCCCUAGAGAGCAAGCUUUCCAUAUGUCCUGAAGCUCGAGGUGGUGUCAUAUGCAAAUUUCAAGAACAAUUUCAGAAUCUGAUUCGAUCUGAUGAAUUUCAGGAUGGGCUUAAGCGCUUACUAGUCCACGAUCAACAAAAGCCACAGGAUUUUGAGCAAAGAAUAAAGAAACUUCAAACGGAAGUCGAGAUAAAGUGUGCAGGAUUCGAUUGCAUAAAAGUUCAUGUGAUUCGUCGUGAUGCAGAUGAUGUCUUUAUGAAUUUAGAGGAGAGUUGUUAUGCCGUUCAGGGAAAAGGGAAAUGGCAAUUGUACAUGCAACACAAAUUGAAAGGUGACGGAGGACUGACUUUUACUGCCACUUGUGUUAACCAGAUUCUUGGAGAUUGUAUUCAAAAGGAAAAGGGAUUAAUUGCAAUGCUCCACUGCUCAUUGCCAAGCGAAAUAUCAAAAGCUUUGGAUAAACUUGGUAUUACUUGCAGUACAUCCAAAAGCGCUGAUGACAUCCCAGACUCGGACGAUGAAAUGUUAUUGGACUCUGGGAGUGAUGAUGAUGGUCAUGGGAGCAAAAGUCAUGUAGAGGCGAAUGGUGAACGUCUGGGGACUGGCAGGGGUAAAAAGCGUAGUGCUAAGUCUCAUGGGGGAUAUAGUAUUGGUCCCAGUUCACGUGGUGGUCGUCGAGGUCGUACGGGUGAAGAUUCCAGGACCGAAGACCACACUGAAGAUGAGAAAUUUUUUGAAAAAGAACCUGGUGAGGCUAAGCGAUGGCUGCGUCAAUCAGAGAGUGACUUGGGCGGUGCGAGGUGGCUCCUCCGAUGUGGUACUCCUUAUAAUGCCAUUGCUUGUUUCCAGAGCCAUCAAGUGGUGGAGAAAUGCUUGAAAGCUUUGCUAUUUCACCACUGUGGUAUCUCUGGAAAAUUGCUACGCUCUCACGAUGUGGAGGAUUUAGCAAUCAAAUUCACCGAAGAAACAGGUCUAAUGGACGAGAUUGCCAUGGAAUCGGUGGAACGAUUUUCCAACUAUUACUUGAAUACUCGUUAUCCUAAUCGUCACCCGUUUGACGUCGCCCCGUGUGAGGCUUUCAGCGACGAUGAAGCAGAGACAGCCGUGGAAGAAGCAUCCAAACUGUUUGACUUUGCUGACAAUGAAUUGAAUAACAACGAGAAUGGUUAGCGCAGCUUGUAAUCUUGUGCAUAUCUAAUUUUUUAGCGAGGUGAAGAUAAGGCGUUUAGCGAGGCGUUUUGCUUGUCUGUGUGUCCAAUUCUAUGCAGGUUGUUUUAAGUACCAAUUUUAGUAUUAAUCAAUACUACAAUAUAAUAAUAGUACAGGGGCAGGGAACCGAUAUAAUCUUUAAGUGGGAUUGGCACCGGUUGCCGUUAAAAUGCUUGCUACAAAUUGGUGCAAAACAAAUUUAUUGAAACAAGAAGCUUGUUGCCUUCCCUCCCGCCUGUGCCACGUUCCAAUUCUGUUGUGGUAACGCGUGUUACUAGUAAUU